GAAUUCUCUUCUUCCUCGUCUUCUAUAAAUAGAGCGCAUAGUGAAUAACAUUUUAUCCAUCACUUCAUUCACUUGGACUUUGCAUCAUAUAUAAAAAGAGUGGUAUAAAGAGUUAAAGAAGAUGGUUUCCAAGGCUUUAGUUAUGUUGGGUCUAUUUGCAGUUCUUCUUGUUGUCUCAGAAGUUGCCGCUGCCUCCGGUACAGUGAAGUCAGAGAGUGAGGAAACCGUGCAGCCUGAUCAAUAUCAUGGUGGAGGAGGUUACAAUGGAGGAGGGCACAACGGAGGUGGAUACAAUGGAGGAGGGCACAACGGUGGAGGAUACAAUGGAGGAGGGCACAACGGAGGAGGAUACAACGGAGGAGGUCACAACGGAGGAGGAUACAAUGGAGGAGGUCGAGGAGGUGGUUACUGCCGUCACGGCUGCUGCUACAGAAAUUACCGUGGAUGUGUAAGGUGUUGCUCGUAUGCUGGAGAAGCUGUUCAGACUCAGCCGGGUCACUAAAACCACCAUGUGUAUAAUAAGUUGACCACCAUGUGUUGCAUAUACACUUAUGUGUGUAUGACUAUAGGUAAACCAUGGUGCGUUUGUAAUGAAGUGCCUUAAGGAUACUAAUGAGUAAUGGGAAUAAAGUUUCAUAAUGUAAUGACUUCGAGUUUGAGUUGUAAUCUGCGAUGUUUGCACAAUAAAAUAUCGUCUCUAUUUUCUAUUAUUA